AUGAAGCUGUACGGAAUACUUGACUACCUAGGUACGUACCUCUUACCGUAGAUAACCGAUAAAUGUGGAUACCACUUAACGCGUACCAGGGAAGCUGCAAAGCUGCAAGGCAUCAAAAACGCGUCUUCAAUCGCGGGGUCCAACUUUCAAAAGAUUGCCAAGUACAAAAGUUACAAGGACUUACCACUUCCAACCAUUAUAACAUUACACUACAGCCUAGUUGAUUCUGCACGAUGGACGACGAAGAUAUAUCCCACCCUUACGAUAAUAGCCACCGCGCGUUCCUACAGGCCUUCAUGGCCCGCGGUACCAUGACGUUCAGCCAAGCACAACCCAUCCUCGCCGCUAUAUUCACAGUCCACGAUCAAGACGAGUACAAAAACGGGAAUAGCGAUGAGGAGCCUGAAGUGACACGACCGGAACAGGUCACACGCGAAGACUUCGAGUCGUACGUAUCGGCUGUGUCGGCGGCUAUCUCCCCCUUCGACAUGGAAAUCCGAUCGACCACGCACCAAGUCUCCAAAGAGCGCGUGUAUUCCCUCAUCAACACAACCUCGGACCCCAUGACGCAGCUCGCCACGCUGCGCUCAGCCGAAGAGAUGGCGUUUGUAAGGAGGGUCAUCGACGCCAUGUUCGACCGGUAUAACUCCCCUAGAAUGGAAGUCCUAUGUCUAGACGGCAUGCAAGCUAAUAAGCUGCGAACGGCGCCGCGCAACGAGGACGAGGAAAACGGCAACGGCAACGGCGGCAACGGAGCGGGAGAAAAUGCAGGUGGUGGUGGUGGUCUGAAGGGCCUCAAGAGCAGCGAGGUGGAACAGGUGCUGCGCGGCCUCGUCGACGAGGGGUGGUUCGAGCGCAGCCGCGCGGGCUUCUACUCGCUCUCGGCGCGCGCGCUGACGGAGCUCCGGCAGUGGCUGGUGGACGCGUACAACGACGCCGAGGCGGGCGAGGGCGAGUGGCAGCGCGUCAAGUUCUGCGAGGCGUGCCGGGAGAUCGUGACGGUGGGGCAGCGGUGCGCGGAGCGCGACUGCUGCGUCCGCCUGCACGAUAUCUGCCAGGAGGCGUUCUGGCGCACGCGCAAGGAGCGCGCGUGUCCGCGGUGCGGGACGGGGUGGACGGGGAGGAACUUUGUGGGGGAGAAGGCGGUUACGGAGACGGAGGCGUAUCAGAGGGGUAGGAGACGGAGUGGUAGGGGGGGUGGGAGGAGUAGUCUUAUGGAGGAUAUUGUGGAUGGGGAGGAGGAGGAGGAGUGAGAGGGUCUGUUCUGGGCUGUCUUACAGUUGUACUCAACCUCUUCUUCUUUGGGAGUGGUGGUGAGUUACGGUAUUACCUACUAAGUCAUGCCCUUUUACUGUACUUUUAUAUCGGUCUAGAACCGCGGUUUAGAGAACAAAAGGGAAAGGGAAAUCAAAUGGACAUAAAAAACGGAGGUGUUAGAUUAGAUACCCUUGGACUUGUUCCCCUGAAAAUGGAAUUACUAUGUAGGUAUGUUUAUGGGAUAUCGUUUGCUUAAUCAUAAUAGUCUUGUUUCUCAAA